UUGCUCCUACUUCUGCUCUAUAUAACAAAGGUGAUAACUAUUAAUGAAUUCAUGAGAUCUGUAUGAUCCUAAUUGUCCAUGUGCUACUCAAACUCAUGGCCAGUAAAGAUUGUGAAACUUGAGAAUAUUAAACGGGGGUUUUGGAUUGGAUGUCUUUCCUCAUCUUCAUGCAAAAGACCUGUUAUUGAUCAGUGUUCAGUUAUUCUUUUGCAUUCAUUUAAAGGCAGUUGGCUUCUCUGAAAAAUUUUCAGGGAGAGGCAAGAUGUUCUCUGAUUAUGGAGAAGAUUGAAAAAGGUUGUCACUGCAAUAGAUCAGAGUGCCUUAAGGGGUAUUGUGAGUGCUAUCGUGCUAAUACCCUCUGCUCAGAAAUCUGCAAAUGCUUUGACUGCAAGAACUGUAAAAAUAGCAAAGAAAGGUAGACUUUUUUCUCAUUCGAAGAAUGCCCAGUUCUUCCACAAAGCAGAUAGAUGCAGUCAUGAUCAUGUCUGCAGAUCCUCUCUUGAAUCCAAGAAGAGGAAGACUCCAGUUAACUUGCCUAGUUCAAAUAGGGGGAUUCCAUUCAACCGCAGUGUUCAACAUUACAAGCAGGUGCAGAUUUGUACACCAUCAUUGAGCUUCUCAAAGUUCAAAAACAGGUUUUUGUUAAACCUCUCAGCAUCUCAUUAAUUUUAUUUAGAGUUGAUUGAAAGCUUGCAUAUUUGGUUCUUCACAAGCUAAUCAGCUUUAUCCAUUCAUGCUUGAAGAUCCAUGAUAGCAGACAUCGACUUGAUGGAUGUAUGCUUGAUAUUGCUGGGUGCAUCUGCAUCUGUUAACAUCCUUUCUGGUGAUAAGAAAGAGGGUCAUGACUGCAAUGCAGAUACAUACGUUGAGAAGGAAAAGCUAGUACUCGUGAAGUUCCAGGAUUUUCUAAACAGGAUAAUUGUUAAUGGAAACAUAAAAGCUAAAUGGUCCACAUCCCAUGGUUCUGGAAGUUCAAGAGUUUGAAUCUUGAUCUAGACUGGUGAAAUAAAUACUUCUUAAAAUCUUCAAAAGCAUUGGCUCUGAGACUAUAUCUUGUUUAGAAAUUUUGGUUUACAAAUUGCCGUGUCCAAUGAUCCAAUAAGUAUGGCUCAGCUCCAAAUUAUUCAUAGAACACUUUGUGUGAUAUUUCUGAUCAUGGACCCUUCUUAGUAGUCUUGCCCAUUACGGUCCAUAUUCCCACCAUCUAUGAAAUACUAUUCUUCUUGUGUU